AGAGGGGAGAGCCAAAAACAACAAAGGAAGAAGCAAAGGAACGAAACUCAAAACAUGUGAGUGGCGUAGCUUUAUAAACUUAUAUGCUUUCUCAAGUUAUCUCUUCUGUUCGGCCAAGCAAAUUCCAACUCUCCUUCCAAUUACUCCUUCAUCUCAUGAAAAGGCAAAGAAAAAGGGGAAUGAAUGAAUAAAAACUUAAAUUAAAUUAAUCAAAAUAAAGGAUUGGAUGAGAAGUACGACAAUGAUCCGGAAAACCAAUUGUUGUGCCAUUUGCGAGAAUUGCAAUCUCGCUUCUAUUUGUGUCAAUUGUGUAAAUUAUAGAUUAGCUGAUCACUACAAUAUUUUAAGAGCUUCCAAGAGUCGUCGCGAUUCGUUAUUUUCUCGAUUGGAACAAGUUCUUCUAGCAAAGGGGAAAGCAGAUGAUCAAGUGAAUUGGAGAGUGUCUCAAAAAGAAAAAAUUGCGAAUUUAAAGGAGAAGCUCCGCCGUUCUAAGGAACAACUCGUGCAAGGGAAGGCUAGGGCUGAGAAGAUUCGUUAUGAUCUUAAAGUAAAGUCUGGAGUACUUGAGUCAUCUCUUUCCAUGUUGGAGAACAACCGCGUGGAACAGCUGGAGAAGUUCUAUCCUAAUUUUAUUUGCACUCAGACCUUGGGGCAUAUGGCAAUUACUUCUGAACGUCUUCAUAAGCAGUCUGUGGUUAUAAAACAAAUAUGCAAAUUGUUUCCUCAACGCCGUGUGAUUAUGAAUGGAGAGAAGAUAAAUGAGUCAAGUGAACAAUAUGAUCAGAUUUGCAAUUCACGGUUACCGAAAGGGCUCGAUCCACACUCUGUUCCAUCAGAAGAACUUGCUGCCUCAUUGGGAUAUAUGGUGCAACUCCUUAAUCUUGUUGUUCAAAUCUUGGCUGCUCCAUCUCUUCAUAAUUCAGGUUUUGCGGGUUCUUGCUCUCGGAUUUGGCAAAGAGAUUCUUAUUGGAAUGCACGUCCUUCUUCACGAAGUUAUGAAUAUCCCCUAUUUAUCCCGCGUCAAAACUAUUGCACCACUACUGGAGAAAAUUCAUGGUCAGAUAGAAGCUCAAGUAAUUUUGGUGUAACUUCAAUACAAUCGGAGAGGAAGGCCCGCCUAGAUUCUUCAGGAAGCUUUAACUAUUCUUCUGCAUCUCCACAUUCUGUUGAGACUCACAAGGACUUGCAGAAGGGCAUAGCACUUCUCAAGAAAAGCGUGGCAUGCUUAACAACAUAUUGCUAUAAUUCAUUGGGUCUGGAUGUCCCAUCGGAGGCAUCCACUUUUGAGGCAUUUGGAAAGUUAUUAGCUACAUUAUCUUCAUCUAAGGAACUCCGUUCUGUUUGCUCCAUAAAGUUAGCUUGUUCGAGGUCCAAUAAGCAAGUUCAACAACUAAAUAAAUCUGUAUGGAAUGUGAAUUCUGCUUUUUCAUCUGCCUCGAUACUGGACAGUGCACAUGCAAUGACAUCCACGAUCAUUUGUGAAAAUAACCUUCCUAAUCCUGCCACCAGCUUUCUUUAUGCCACGGAGUUGUCCGAGGCUGGAAAGAAUGAAAGCUUAUUUGAAGGAUGGGAUCUCGUAGAGCAUGCAACUUUUCCUCCUCCUCCAUCAGAUUUUGAGGAUGUUGAGCACUGGACUCGAGCCAUGUUCAUUGACGCUAAUAAGAGAUAAUUUGAUUGGUAAGAAGAAAGACACCAAACUGAAACCAAGGCUGAGUGGAAGACUAAGUUAUAUAAACUUUUGUGGCAUGUUUGAAGACUUAUUUGAUUGUAAAUAGAAAACAUUUAGAUGUCUUGUGUAUAGAAAGUAACUUCAUAUUGUUAUAUUUAUAAUAUAUUCAUAUUGUUAAAUUAUAAUAUAUUUUGUAUGUUCAGGGUUA